UGAUGAUUCGUGGCUGUCGUGUUUUGGUCUCUGCUAACGCCGGAGUCUGAAGAUGACAGCGAGAAAGUCUGGGUCACGACUCGAGACCGAGAUAGAACGGUGCCGUUCGGAAGGGCAAUGGGACAAGAUACCAGAGCUUGUACGGCAGCUGUCUGCUAAACUAAUAUCAAACGAUGACCUGGGGGAGCUGCUGCUGGGGGAGGCCAAGCUCCAGCAGUACAUCAAGGAGAACCCCAUCAAGCAGGGGGCCAGUCCCAGGGGCCCAAGACCCAGGCUAGUGGAGGUCCACAAACACCUGACCGCUGCCCUGGACCGAGGGAACCUCAAGCCGGACUACAUGCAAGAGGCCAGCAUGUUAAUGGCCAAGCUGUCCUACGUGGAGGGAGACUACAGUGAAGCCAUCAACCAGUAUGGCAAAGUGACCCUGGACGAGCUGGCACUGGUGGGAGCCCCUGUCUACCGUCUCUCCAUGAUCGCCGAGGCAUACGCUACCAAAGGUCUGUGUCUAGAGAAAGUCCCGGCUGCGUCUCCGUCCCUGUCCAAUCGUAACGUGGACAAAGACCAAGAAGUGAUUACCUGCUAUGAGAAGUCUGGAGACAUCGCCCUGCUCUACCUACAGGAAGUAGAGAAGGCCCUCAGUGCGGGGAUGCAGAACCGCAGUCCAAAGCCAGGCCCAGUGGCACAGGAACAGGAGCUGGGAUACUUCUUGGAGACUGGACUUCAGAGGGCACAUGUCAUCCACUUCAAAAACGGUAACCUGACCCGGGGAGUGGGCCGCUUCCGGGAGAUCCUCCGAGCUGUAGAGACCAGGACCACACAGAACUUACGAAUGACCAUAGCGCGACAGCUAGCAGAGAUCCUGCUGAGGGGGAUGUGUGAGCAGAGCUACUGGAGUCCUCUGGAGGACCCUCCCAGCCAGUCCCCCCUGGAUGACCCCCUACUACGCCAGGGAGCCCCCUACACCAAGGACUACGCACUCAGCCGCCGGCCACGUGUCUACUCCGGAGAGAAUCUGUUUUGUCCACAGGAAAACACAGAAGAGGCUCUGCUCCUGUUGCUGAUCAGUGAAUCUAUGGCCAACAGAGAUGCGGUGCUGAGCAGGAUUCCAGAGCACAACAGCGACCGCAUCAUCAGCCUGCAGAGUGCCUCUGUGGUCUACGACCUACUGACCAUCGCCCUAGGCCGACGGGGACAGUACGAGAUGCUCUCUGAGUGUCUUGAGAGGGCCAUGAAGUUUGCCUUUGAGGAGUUCCAUCUCUGGUACCAGCUGGCCCUUUCACUGAUGGCUGCUGGGAAGUCGGCCCGAGCAGUAAAGGUACUGAAGGAGUGUAUCCGUCUGAAGCCCGACGACCCAACCAUUCCCCUGCUAGCCGUCAAGCUGUGCAUCGGAGCACUCCAUUGGCUGGAGGAAGGAGAGUGUUUUGCUAAGAUGGUGGUGGACAUGGGGGAGAAGGCCUCAGAGUUCCGAGCUAAAGGUUACCUAGCCAUCGGCCUGGUGUACAGCCUCAAGGCUACAGACGCGUCUCUACGGGGGAUGCAGGAGGAGUAUCAGAGGAAGGCCCUGGGUGCAUUCCAGAGAGCCCAGAGCUUGUCCCCCACAGACCACCUGGCUGCCUUCUACCUGGCCCUGCAGCUGGCUGUGUCACGGCAGAUCCCGGAGGCGCUGGGGUAUGUGCGUCAGGCUCUGCAGCUGCAGGGAGACGACGUGCACUCUCUCCACCUGCUGGCCCUGCUGCUGUCGGCCCAGAAACACUACCACGAUGCUCUCAACAUCAUCGAGAUGGCGCUCAGCGAGUACCCAGAAAGCUUCAUCCUGUUGUUCACCAAGGUGAAGCUGGAGACGUUGUGUCGAGGACCUGAGGAGGCUCUGCUCACCUGCAAACACAUGCUGCAGAUCUGGAAGUCCUGUUACAACCUCACCAACCCCAGUGAUUCAGGUCGAGGGAGCAGCCUGUUGGACAGAGCCAUAGCAGACCGAAGGACGCUCAAUGCCAUGACGCUGCCUGACUUCAGUGAUCCAGAGACGGGCUCGGUCCACGCCACAUCCAUGGCGGCGUCGCGGGUGGAACAGGCCCUGUCAGAGGUGGCCUCCUCCAUGCAGAGCAGUGCCCCCAAACAUGGACCCCUACACCCCUGGAUGACUCUGGCUCAGAUCUGGCUCCACGCAGCGGAGGUGUACAUUGGCAUGGGCAAGCCUGCGGAGGCGACGGCCUGCACCCAGGAGGCUGCCAACCUGUUCCCCAUGUCCCACAACGUGCUGUUUAUGCGGGGCCAGGUGGCUGAGCUGCGGGGCAACGUGGACGAGGCCAAACGCUGGUACGAGGAGGCCCUCUCCAUCAGCCCCACCCACGUCAAGACCAUGCAGAGACUGGGUCUGAUCCUGCACCAGCUGCAGCGGUACAGCCUGGCAGAGAAGAUCCUUCGGGAUGCGGUGCAGGUGAACUCGACGGCCCACGACGUGUGGAACAGCCUGGGGGAGGUGCUGCAGGCUCAGGGCAAUGCUGCUGCCGCUACAGAGUGUUUCCUCACUGCCCUGGAGCUAGAGGCCUCCAGCCCCAUACUCCCCUUCACCAUCAUACCACGACAACUCUGACCUGGGAGAGAGAGGCACACACACACACACACACACACACACACACACACACACACACAAGCUGCUUUAUCACCCCCAGUGUGAAGGUGCCAAAAACCUUCCUCAGAAGCGCCACCAUCAACCACCCUGUGAUGUCUCGGGCCCAUCUCGUUCAUCCCAAUGAGAUUAGACAACUACCUCUCUCCUCUUGAGGCCAUUCAUAGGCCUAGCUAGAUGAGCUGGAGGGAGAGACCAUGGACAAAAAAUCCAAACACUGAUUAUCUGGUCCAAUAAUGUACAUCAAUGUAACUGUUGUUGCCAUGCCAACACCAAUGUGCUGUCUCCGCCCCCUAGUCUCUGCUGUGACCACUGUAUCGUAUACCACAACCCCUUGCUGUGCCUGACUAUGACUCCUGCACUCCAGCCUUUAUCUAAUCUACACUGAGCAAAAAUAUAACGCAACAUGUAAAGUGUUGGUCCCAUGUUUCAUGAACUGAAAUAUCCCGGAAAUUUUCCACAUGCACAAAAAGGUUAUUUCUCUCAAAUGUUGUGCAUAAAUUUGUUUACAUCCCUGUUAUUGAGCAUUUCUCCUUUGCCAAGUCCAUCCACUUGACAGGUGUGGCAUAUCAAGAAGCUGAUUAAACAGCAUGCUCGCUACAUAGGUGCACCUUGUGCUGGGGACAAUAAAAUGCCACUCAAAGUGCAGUUUUGUCACAUAACAAUGCCACAGAUGUCUCCAAGUUUUGAGGGAGUGUGCAAUUGGCAUGCUGACUGCAGGAAUGUCCACCAGAGGUGUUGCCAGAGAAUUGAAUGUUCAUUUCUCUACCAUAAGCCGCCUCCAACGUUGUUUUAGAGAAUUUGGCAGUACGUCCAACCGGCCUCACAACCAUAGACCACGUGUAACCACGCCAGCCCAGGACCUCCUCAUCCGGUUUCUUCACCUGUGGGAUCAUCUGAGACCAGCAUCUAGGCAGCUGAUGGGAAAGUUAUUUCUGAUCGGCUGGGCCUGGCUCCCAAGUGGGUGGGCCUAUGCCCUCCCAAGCCCACUCAUGGCUGCGCCCCUGCCCAAUCAUGUGAAAUCCAUAGAUUAGGUCCUAAUGAAUUUAUUUCAAUUGACUGAUUUCUCCUUUGCCAAGAUAAUCCAUCCACCUGACAGGUGUGAACUGUAACUCUGUGAACUGUAACUGUAAAAUCGUUGAAGUUGUUGUAUGUUGCAUUUUAUAUUUUUGUUCAGUAUACAUGGUGGGGAGAGGGGGGGCGUUAGCCGUACAGGCUGGCUACUCACUGAUCCAUCUGUUUUCUCUGGCUGUUGAUCGAUGGGAGAGGAGAAGGAGGGUGCAGAGGGACUUUCAGGCAGACAGAGUUGCAGAGGUUUGCAUUCCAGAUGACAUGGACAAUGUAGUGCUAUGCAGCGGACAAUGGCUGGCUACAGUGGUACAUACCAUCACCAGACCCCCCCCCCAUGUCUGUGCUGGUGAAUUGUUGUAGCUUUCAACCCAAAUGAUGCUGACUGUUUAACCUGACAAUGCUUGUAUGUAUGUACGGUAUGCGUGUGUGUGUGUGUAUAUAUGCACCUGUUUGUAUGUGCGUUUGUACAUUUGCGUGUUCAAAAGGCUUUUCGUUAUUUGUUCAUCUAAAAAAAAAUGUUAGAAGUUAUACACUGUCACUUGAAAGAUGUAUAUUAUAUGGUGAACCUAUAGUUUACAUGAUAUCCCACACUCUGAGUGUGGAAGGCCUCACACACGUGUGUCGUGAGGUUGUGUCCUUUUGCUGUUCCUCUGCACCCCAAAAUGCAACAGUUUAAAAACAGGUGAUGCUACUGCAUUUGAAAUGAGCUCCUCCUCGAUGCACUUCAUCAGACGCACCCUCAGCGGGUUGGUAUAACCGGAAACAUCUGAUUUAUCGUAUCUUCAACUUAAGCUGUUUCCCCUUGGAAACAGGAUGUGGGGACCCCAUUCAGGCAAGUGUUUUAUGCCUGCUACGUUAGGUUACAUCCAAUGUAGUUAUUUCAGUUACUGUAACCUUAAAUCCGUUAGAUAGGUCACAAGCUCACUGAUGUGAAUGCCAAAAACGGUGAUUCUAAAACACUUAAUGUCUUGUCUAUGGUUUCUUUCUGUCCAAAACAAAUGACUUUUUUUUCACAUUACCUUUGAUUAUAAGUGCAGAUUAUUAUUAUUUCUGACUGGUAAUUAUUAGAUGUUCAUUAUUUUAGACGUUUAAAUUAUAUUUUACAGUGAAUGACAUUAGAGGCGUCACAAACACUGCAAUAUGCUUCUUUGAGUAGAUUGUACUCGAAGUACACAGCGGAGAGGAGCUGACUGUUUUCAGCUCAGUUAUAGGGUAAAUAUGUAAAUGUUUCUCGUCUGCUGUAGUACUUCUUUGUAUGCAGAAUCUACCUAGCAACCACAAUAGGAGCCUGCAUGGCAUGUCCCGUUGUGAAUGGCCAGUAUGCCCCAGGCCUCUGGUUUGAUAUGGUCCAACCAACAGCAGCAUUGAGACAGCAUGUCUGUCUGUCUGGUCCUAUAGCACAUAUAUGAUACAACUGGACAAACUAUAAUGAUGUCAAUAAAAAAGUGAUUGGAAUAAA